CGCUAGGGUCACUCAUGAAGAAGACCGACCAGGCUGAGUGAGUUCUGAGGCCAGGAGGACCAAGUGCCCUCUCGCGUCUAGAGAGCCCCACGCCCCGGAGCCAGGAAGGAAUCUGCUAAGGUUUCCAUCGUCCCAAGGCGCCCCCACCACUGUGACCCGUCCCCAAUCGCUGGGGAGGUGGCGCCGGAGCUCGCAGCGGGCCAAGCCCGCCUCUGCCAGCAGCCGCUGUCACCCUCCCUGUCCUGGGCCCCGCCAAGCCCCGGGAGCGACACCUACCUCACCAGGAUGGCCACCCCCACGUCCUCGCAGUUGGCAUACAGCCGGGCCCACGUAGCCUGAACCGCCUUCCUCUCUGCCUCGGACAGCUCCUCGCUCCGCUCCCUGCGAUCUCUCUCCAUGUCGCCCGGCACUUUCUCCAUGAGCAGCUCCGAGCCCAGCACGGCUUCGCUAGGCGGCGGGAGCGGGGAGCCGGAGGAGCCGAGAGGCAGUGGCAGUCAGGUGUGACCAGAGGAUCUGGGGAGCCAGAAGUCACAAGGCACUGGACAGUGGAGACAUCUGUCAUCGUCAAGGAUUCAAUUUGAAAACCAGAAGGCAAAUCCUUCAUCGUAGGCUGCUCAUGGAGAGGUGAGAUCGAUCUGGACAUAGGGGAGGAUGCUCUGUCUUGAGAGACCAGAAACGUCAUCUCGUCAGCACUUGUCUAGGCCUGGGCAUGGACAGCGGGAACCCUGAGACCACAAGUGCCUACCAGGCCUGACACAGAUGAGUGAGGUGGCUCUGGUUCUCCUCAAGGUUCCCUGUUAGCCCUUACCCUGCUCAGGAGUAAGUGAGAUGGGAGUCCUGUUGCCCAAGAGAUGGCUCUCCGCUUCAGCUUCGGCUCCUGUUGAUUUAAAAUCUUUAAAGGUGCUGGCCCACUCCCAAAGCCUUGAUGACCUGAGUUCCACCCCUGGGACCCACAUGGGCAAGGAGGAGUCCUGAAAGGGGGUCUAUUGAGAAGAGUUCAGAGAGCUGCCAGAGAGGGCCGCGUUCACACGCACGCACGCACGCUCUGCUCUCCCGGGCUUUCCCGUUUCCUCAGCCAGGCCUCUUCCCUUCUCUUCUCUGGAUGGCUCUGUUGUGACAGUGCAGUCUCUCGGCCGCACAGCCUCUCACUGAAGAGUCCUGCAUCCUUUCAUGUCAGCAGCCUCGGCAGAUGGCUGAGGGCUCAACCUUCUCCAGCACCUGCAAGUUCAGAUACCUCCCACGACCACUCUCCCACUCUGCAGUACUGGAGUUUGAACUCAGGGCCUUGGGAUGCGAGAGAGCCCAGCAGAGUGGAUGGGGCAGUUGUGAGCAGCAGCGGCUCGGACACGGACCUUCAGUCCUCGGGCAGGGAGAAAGAACCUGUGAGGUAGGCCCUCACUUCUUCAGACACUUCAGCUCUGGGGACUGUAACCCACCGGCCCAGACAGCUGGAGUUCUGGUUCACUCCCUAUCCCAGGAGGAUGCGGUGGGGCUGGAAGCAGCAGCAGGAGGAGGGAGAACGGGAGAAGCAGUCAUGGAGAAGUCUGUCUUCAGGGGCAUUUGACUCUUGCUUUGAAGGAAGCCUCACAGAUUCCAGACAGCCGUGGCAAGCCCAAGCAUCACAUCUCUACAAUGUCCCAGAGCCAGAAGAGAGGAGGUUGUUUUGAAAGAAUUCCCCACACUUGGCAAGUCUUGUAUUGUAGUCAAGAUGGAGGAAGACCAGCUUCCAGGCCGACCACCAACAUGCCUGCAUACAGACUUCCUGUGAGAUCACUGGUGUGGCUGCUUCCAGUGUAAGCAGCCAGCUGCUUGGAGGUCACCACCAACCCUCCUUCAUGACCUUACUAAUAAGAUCAAAGAUUCCCUUUGGAAUUAAGAAGGGAAUUUCAAUAUUGUAAAGACUGCUUUCUUACUUUGUGGGUUUCAGACUGUCAUCAGUCCUGUUGUGACUGCCCCAGCACAGCAGGCCAGCUGACUGAUUCCCCUGCACACUCUGAGGUUGGGUCUCUCCCCGAACUGAGGCUAUCGUCAGCUUGUCCACUCACGACACUUAGUGCUAGACCGUGGUUCUUUACAUGGUAAUAGUGAUCUGCACUAGCCUCGUAGGAUGGCUAUAGGGUUCUGCUGUGCGCAAGACUCAGAUGCACUAGAUCUCAGCAGCAGAGUGCAAAUGAGAUCACAGUUAACAUUAGCACUUCAUUCUGAGCAGCUCUGUCCUUGGCUGCUCAUUCAGGAAUUCUGAUGCAGUCUUUGAAGCUUCUCCAGUUAUUUCUAGACUGCCUACACAGUUGUGUCUCAUGUGUGCUCAGGCACAAGGCCUCUUGGAGUUUGCUCUAGCCUGCUGGCCACUGCCCAGCUUGCCCAUGGUACCUGAAUUGGUUGUGUACUUGUGGCUGUUCAGUGAGGUACAAACGAGCUGUGCAGGAGAAACUGUGCCCUGUCAGGGGUGAAAUCCACACAGAGACCUAUGGCAGAGUGAGGAGCUAGGAACAGCAGCCUCUCUGUACACUGGGAGGCAAUUAGCCUCGGGCCCCCAGGACAGGACUGCUAGAUCCCAAAGCCUUACAGUCUUCCAGAAAGCGGCUCCUACAGAUGCUCAUCCCCACUCUGCCACCAUGUGGCUCUAACCAACAAAACAGGUGCUCAGCAUUCUUCAGUCAACAUUUUUUAUUAGUCUCCAACCACCUCUGUAAAGACAGAAAACUUGCAGCUGGGACAUGAGCCCACAUCCCUAGCACCCACAUAAGAAGCUGGCUCAGCGGCUAAAAGCAUUUGUUCUUCCAGAGGACCCAGAUUCCAUUCUCAGAAACCAUAUGUCUCUUCACAACCGUAAUUCCAGAUCUAGGGUCAUCUGACAUCCUCUUCUGUCCUCUGUGGGCACCAGGCAC